AUGUUGGGAAUCGAAAUGCAUCCCGCGAAGAGAAGAAAGCUGCAUCAACCUGGCGGGUUUUUGAAUAAACCUUUUCGCUCACCGCUUCGCUCAACUAACCCUCAGCCUCAGCCUCAGCCAUCUGCUGAACAAGCUCACAUUCAGGCUCCAGCUGCUGAGGUUCCUUCCAACCUUCAACCUUCAUCGACAGACAAAAGCUCAUACAUCCGAUCAUCUCCUCAAAUCGCAUCCAUCCCGCGAUUUUCUUCCCAACUCGCGCCGGCCGACUCCGCAUUGCGAGAUCUCCAGAAGCAGCACACUGCAUUGUCCAUUCGGCUAACUCAACUACGCCACUCUCUUCAAACGGCAGAGGAAGCACUUCAGAUUGAAGGGUCAAAGCAAAAUGCGGAACUGCCGCCUCUGAUUUCCCGAUGGCGUACGGUCGCUCAAGAUGCUGCAGAAGAGCUUUUUGCUGAUGCCAAAGAGAGGAUUGACCGGAUGGGAGGUGUUGCCCAAUGGCAGCGACAGCUUAAGGAGGAGUCACGGCUGUGGAGGGACGAUGAUGAUAGAGAGGCAUUCGCACGCAUGAGUGCGGGCACCGACGAGGACGACGAUUGUCAAGGAGAGGCGAAGGAAAUCGACCAGGCAGAAGUUGCGGAUUGUGAGAGCGAGGCCGAGCCCGAAGAGAGCUGCUUCACGAUGGAGAUGAUGCUCAAUCAAAUGAACAUCGAUUUGCAAUGCAUCGGCUUUGAUAAGCACCAGGAACGCUGGGUAUGA